AUGGAGACGAAAUACGCAGCAAGAAUGCUGCAAUUGCCGGAAGGCACCAUGCGAGGUGCUAGCCCCAAGCGCCAGGUGCAAGAGCACAUUUCUUGUGGUGCAGCCAUGGAUCGCAUCUGUAAGUGGUCAGUGCGCUACGAUGGCGAAGGCGGCGCCCUGGAGUUCAUCGCACGCGUAGAGGAACUGUGCGAAGUAUACGACCUGCCGACCGAUAUCAUGCCACGCAUCAUUAUGGAGCUGCUGCAUGGUAAAGCAGCAAUCUGCAAAGACUUGAGCGAAAUGAUCGCGCUGGGAGAACGCUUUGAAGACAUACCCGCGCCAGCAACAGCACCACCCAUGAGAGAGACCACAGGUAUACGCCAGCAGUCAGGAGGGAACGCGCCGUUCAUGUCCAGUACUAACAACGCCGGCCGGAAUGUGUGUCAUCGCUGUGCCCUUCCAGGCCACCUGGCACGCGACUGCCGCAACCCACGUGUCCUCUUUUGUUGGGACUGCGGCCGCCAGGGGGUCUUAACGAAGAAUUGCUGCCGCCAAUAUGCCGAACAACACCCACAGGCGAGAGGCAUGACCGCGAAGGAAUCACCCGGCCUAGAGAAACCACCAAUAGCAGCAACCUCAAAAGUACUGGGAAUGCGCGGCAGUACCCUGGUAGCCUCCCUCUCAGUAGGAGGACUACCCACGACCAGCGUGAUCGACACGGGAGCGACGAGAAGUAUCAUCCGCGAGGACGCCGCCGAAUGCAUCCCCUGGAUAACGAGGUCAGACACCCAGAGCCAUUCAAUCCGAAUGGCAGAUGGUACAACCCAAAGUAGCCUACGAACCAUAACGGUGGAAAUAAGGUUAGGCGUCAACGCUGCAACUCUUGAACUACUGGUGGUGAAAAGAGGCGUCGACCAUCUCACCUUGGGGAUAGAUUUCCUGGCCGAAAUAGGCACGGCUAUGACCAUCGGCGACGAAGUCGUAAAACUAAGCCGUCCAAAAAUUCCAUUGUCAGGCACGACCAGUGACCCCCACCCGGCGAACGGCCCCCCGGAGAUGGCCAGAGGGCCAACGGCAAUCCAGGCGACCGACAGCGGCAAAGCCACGCAGCCACCGAGAACCAACCGGUCAGCCACACACCGACGGUCAGGCGCGCAGCAGAUCGCCAAGGAGCACAAAGCGCCCAGCAACCCCACAAUGAUAAACGCCGAAUGCGAAGCAGAAAUCCAACGAUUCAUCGAAAAGGAAUUUAGUAAAUUCAACAGCCCCACGGUGUCCAAUAUAGCGUACCACUACAUACGAAUGAAGGAUGAAAUUCCCAUAAAGCUCCGGUACCACAGGAAAAACCCAGCGAUGCAAGCCAUCAUUGACCGGGAAGUCGAUAAACUAAUCGAAGCAGGAUGCAUAGAGCCUUCCAACAGCCCAUACAGCGCACCAAUCGUGGUUGUACCUAAGCGCAACGGAGAAUGGAGACUGUGCAUGGACUACAGAGUGUUAAACAGUCGUUCGAUCCCAGAUGCCUACCCUCUCCCUCGUAUAGAGCAGAUCUUGGACAAGCUACGCCAGGCCAGGUGCAUUAGCACAAUCGACUUGAAGAAUGGAUACUGGCAGAUUCCGAUCCACCCGAGUUGCAAGAAAUACACAGCAUUCACCGUACCAGGCAGGGGUCUGUACCAGUGGCGAGUUAUGCCGUUCGGCCUCCACUCAGCGCCAGCAACCUUUCAACGAGCACUCGACCGGGUCAUCGGGCCCGAAAUGGACCCCUUCGCCUUUGCAUAUUUGGACGACAUAAUCGUCAUCAGUAAAAGUGCCAGCGAGCAACAACAACACCUGCAAAGGGUGUUUGAGCGCCUCCGAAGCGCAAAUCUGGCAGUAAAUAAGGAUAAGUGCAAGUUCUUCCAAAGGGAACUACAAUAUCUGGGACAUCUAGUCACUGCAGGCGGCAUCAGUACAGAUCCGGAAAAGGUGUCCGCCAUCAGAAGUCUGAAACCCCCCAACAACCUCCGGGAACUCCGUCGCUGCCUGGGUACUGCCUCAUGGUACCGAAGAUUCGUAUCGGACUACACAGAAACGAUCCACCCCCUGAGCCAACUACUGAAGAAAAAAACACGCUGGGUGUGGGGCGAGCCCCAACAAAAGGCGUUCGACGAGCUAAAGCGCAAACUUACCGAAGCUCCC